AGGGGAAGUUGGAGCUUGAUACAAGCCUGACUUCAUAUGCAAUGCUUCAGGUGGGAGAGGGGAAGUUGGAGCUUGAUACAAGCCUGACUUCAUAUGCAAUGCUUCAGGUGGGAGAGGGGAAGUUGGAGCUUGAUACAAGCCUGACUUCAUAUGCAAUGCUUCAGGUGGGAGAGGGGAAGUUGGAGCUUGAUACAAGCCUGACUUCAUAUGCAAUGCUUCAGGUGGGAGAGGGGAAGUUGGAGCUUGACCUUGCUCUGGGAAACCAGACUAAAUGCAUGUACAUAAAGUGUUGUCCCAGAUUAGUUUGUGCUGUCCGCACAUUCUAAUCAGGGACUACACUUUCUGCUUUAACUGAAUUUUGGAUGAGAAGAAACUUUCUUUUAACAAAAACACCAUUAAAGGGGAAAUAGACGUCCCUGAUAGGCCUGUGUGGACUGCACAGGCUUAUAUGGGACAGCACUUUACGCACAUGAAUUAAGCCUGUUACAACCUGACUUUAAUGCUUCGGUUGGGAGGGGAGUAUUGGGAGUUCAGUCUGCACAGGCCAAUCAGGGACAACACUUGCCGCUUUUAUUGUAUUGUUUUCUUUUAAAAGAUGUCUCUUCAUAGCAAAAAGCAAGUCUAGAAAGAGUGCAUAGGCUAAUCUGGGUCUAAACUUUAUGCACAUGCUUUUCCCACCCUCGUUUACCCAGAGCUUUGCUCAAAUACAUUAGCUGUGUGUUACCCUGGGCUGUAUCGCCGAUUUGACAUUGUAUUUAUGAGCCAGAAAGUGUGUUACAAUCUAUCAAAACACCAGAACCAUAAAAUAAUCUAUUUAUUACAUACCCCCUUAGGAUGAGACAAAUUAAAAUGACAUAACAGUGUACUUUACCAAUAUUGACAUGCCGUUAUUACAUCAUAAUGAUGUGUACAUUCAUAAUGCCAUUCAAAAGUCUGGUUUUCCAGCCUCUUGAUAGGGACUCAUAUUUCACAGUGAAAAAUAUGGGAAUUCUUUCUGAUGGUUUGUUUUUUAUACAUGUACCUUAAAUACCCCAGUAUUUGUUUCAGAUUUUCUCUAGGCAAUACAUAUUUUUAUGUUAUAUUUAGCAUAGCUGUCGCAUGCCUGUACAUUUUCGAUCUGUGAUAAGGCUAAAAAUGCAAUUUAAACUUAAUGGAAUAGGGUGAGAGGUAAACAUUGUGGUGUUUCAAAACAAUGGCAUCAUUAUAUUUCAUGAAUAUCAAUAUUCACUCAUAUUUUAUUAUUUAAAAAAGUAAUUUAUCUUAUGCUAGUUGUUUGAAGCCUGAAAAAAGACCUCUGAUGACAACAGUUAAUUGCUAUAAACAAGCCCUGCUCUAGGAAAUGGGGUUUAAUGAGUUUUCAUACCUUUGGCACAGGCAAUUCAGGGAUGAAACUUUGUCUACUUUUGUGAAAUUUUUGUUUUUAAAAAGGCCCUUUUUCACGAAAUUCCAUUCUAGGAGGAAAGUGUCUUCCCAGAUAAGCCUGUAAAGACUGCACAGGCUGAUUUGGGCCGAUACUUUAUGCACAUGUAUUAAGCCCUAUUUUCCCAGAGCAGUGCUCACAUUGUAAUAGCUCAGUGACAGCUGUGAUUGUACUCUC